AUGUCGUACGGAGGUGGCUACUCUCGCGGUGGCGGCGGCGGCGGUGACUCCUACCGCUCUCGCGGAGGUGACAGCGGCUACUCUAACGGUGGCUCCGGUGGUGGUGGUUACAGCGGCGGCGGUGGUGGUUACGGCGGUGGCCGUGGAGGUGGUUACAGCGGUGGCGGCGGCUACGGUGGUGGUGGUGGUGGUGGUGGUGGUUACGGCGGCGGUGCUGCCGGUGGUGACCGCAUGAACAACCUCGGCGCCGGCCUGAAGACUCAGGACUGGGAUCCCAACACCAUGCCCAAGUUUGAGAAGUCAUUCUACAAGGAGCACCCCGAUGUCACUGCGCGCUCGGAGGAAGACAUUAUCGCCUUCCGCAAGGAGAAGGAGAUGGCCAUUCAGGGUACCAAUGUGCCCCGUCCUGUCGAAACCUUCGACGAGGCUGGUUUCCCCGCGUACGUUUUGUCUGAGGUCAAGGCUCAGGGCUUUGACGCUCCUACUGCUAUUCAGUCCCAGGGCUGGCCCAUGGCUCUGUCCGGACGCGAUGUCGUCGGUAUUGCCGAGACUGGUUCCGGCAAGACUCUGAGUUACUGUCUCCCCGCUAUUGUUCACAUCAACGCUCAGCCUCUCCUCGCCCCCGGCGAUGGACCCAUUGUUUUGGUCUUGGCUCCUACUCGUGAGUUGGCUGUCCAGAUUCAGGCUGAGAUUACCAAGUUCGGAAAGUCCUCCCGUAUUCGCAACACCUGUGUCUACGGUGGUGUCCCCAAGGGUCCUCAGAUUCGUGACCUCUCCCGCGGUGUUGAGGUUUGCAUUGCCACCCCCGGUCGCCUGAUUGAUAUGCUCGAGGCUGGCCGUACCAACCUUCGUCGCGUCACUUACCUCGUUCUUGACGAGGCUGAUCGUAUGCUUGACAUGGGUUUCGAACCCCAGAUUCGCAAGAUCAUCGGCCAAAUUCGCCCUGAUCGUCAGACUUGCAUGUGGUCCGCUACCUGGCCCAAGGAUGUCCGUCAGCUCGCUUCUGAUUUCCUCAACGACUACAUUCAAGUCAACGUCGGCUCCACAGAUCUCUCCGCCAACCACCGCAUCACCCAGAUUGUCGAGGUCGUCUCGGACUUUGAGAAGCGUGACAAGAUGAUCAAGCAUCUUGAGAAGAUUAUGGAGGACCGCUCCAACAAGUGCAUCAUUUUCACAGGUACCAAGCGUGUCGCAGAUGAGAUUACCCGAUUCCUCCGUCAGGACGGCUGGCCCGCGCUUUCCAUCCACGGUGACAAGCAGCAGAACGAGCGUGACUGGGUCUUGAACGAGUUCAAGCAAGGCAAAAGCCCCAUCAUGGUGGCCACCGACGUGGCCUCGCGUGGUAUUGACGUGCGCGACAUCACUCAUGUGCUCAACUAUGAUUACCCCAACAACUCGGAGGACUAUGUCCACCGUAUUGGUCGUACUGCUCGUGCCGGUGCCAAGGGUACCGCCAUUACCUUCUUCACCACUGACAACUCUAAGCAGGCUCGUGACUUGAUCACUAUCCUCACUGAAGCUAAGCAGCAGGUUGACCCCCGUCUUGCCGAGAUGGUUCGCUUCGGCGGCGGCGGCGGUGGUGGUCGCUGGGGUGGCCGUGGACGUGGUGGUGGCCGUGGUGGCUGGGGUGGUGGUCGCGGCGGCGGUGGUGGUGGUGGUGGUUUCACUGCCUCCAACUCUGCUCCCGUCGGCGGCAACCGUCGUUGGUAG